CGCUGUUGUACACGGCGCGCUGCGGCACCAAAAUGGCGCUGAGCUCCCAAGGAACAAAGAAAAAAGUUUGCUACUACUAUGAUGGAGACGUCGGGAAUUAUUACUAUGGUCAGGGGCACCCCAUGAAGCCUCAUCGAAUUCGCAUGACGCAUAACUUGUUGCUCAAUUAUGGACUCUACAGAAAGAUGGAGAUAUAUCGCCCCCAUAAAGCCAAUGGUGAGGAAAUGACCAAGUAUCACAGUGAUGACUACAUCAAAUUCUUGCGUUCCAUCCGGCCAGACAACAUGUCAGAAUACAGCAAACAAAUGCAGCGAUUUAAUGUGGGUGAGGAUUGUCCGGUAUUUGACGGCUUAUUUGAGUUCUGCCAGCUGUCAACUGGGGGUUCUGUCGCUGGUGCGGUGAAACUGAACAAACAGCAGACUGACAUAGCUAUCAACUGGGCCGGAGGUUUGCAUCAUGCCAAGAAAUCAGAGGCCUCGGGGUUUUGCUACGUCAACGACAUUGUUCUCGCUAUUUUAGAGUUACUGAAAUACCACCAGAGAGUUCUCUACAUAGACAUUGACAUCCACCAUGGGGAUGGUGUGGAAGAGGCUUUCUACACCACAGACCGUGUCAUGACCGUGUCCUUUCACAAGUAUGGCGAGUACUUCCCUGGUACUGGAGACCUUAGGGACAUUGGUGCAGGAAAGGGUAAAUACUACGCUGUGAAUUAUCCACUGAGGGAUGGGAUUGAUGAUGAGUCAUAUGAGGCUAUAUUCAAACCUAUCAUGGCCAAAGUGAUGGAGAUGUACCAGCCCAGUGCUGUGGUUCUCCAGUGUGGAGCUGAUUCUUUAUCAGGAGACAGGCUUGGCUGCUUUAACCUCACUAUCAAAGGCCAUGCUAAGUGUGUGGAGUACAUGAAGAGUUUCAACCUACCCCUGCUGAUGCUGGGUGGAGGCGGCUACACUAUCCGGAAUGUGGCUCGCUGCUGGACAUACGAGACGGCUGUAGCACUGGACUCCUCCAUCCCCAAUGAGCUCCCAUACAAUGACUACUUUGAGUACUUUGGGCCGGACUUUAAGCUCCACAUCAGCCCCUCCAACAUGACCAACCAAAACACCAAUGACUAUUUGGAAAAGAUCAAGCAGCGUCUGUUUGAGAACCUGCGUAUGCUGCCCCAUGCGCCAGGAGUUCAGAUGCAGGCUAUCCCAGAGGAUGCCGUGCACGAGGACAGUGGGGAUGAGGAGGAGGAGGACCCGAACAAACGUAUCUCCAUCCGUGCCCACGACAAAAGGAUAGCGUGCGACGAAGAGUUCUCUGACUCGGAAGACGAGGGUGAGGGAGGCCGCAGAAAUGUAACCAGCUUCAAGAAAGCAAAGCGUGUUAAGACAGAGGGAGAAAAGGAGGCAGAAGAGAAAGAGAAGAAAGGUGAGGAGGAGAAAAAAGAGGUAAAUGAAGAAGAAAAGGUGCCAGAGGAGGAGAAGAUGGACACGUCAAAGCCAAAGGAGGAGUCCAAGACGCCUUGAUGGUCCCACCCCACCUAAAGGCGCCAGUACAACUGUUCACAAUGGAUCUGAAAAGAAGUUUUCAGACCUUGCAUCUUUCCAGGCUGCUGCAAUGGAAAUCCAUAAAGGAUCAU